AUGGUGGCGCGUAUUGUAGCCCUGCUUUUCCUCGCCCGUUUCAUGAGUUUAUUCGCGCUCGACAUAUCUCAAUGUAUCGCCCCCCUCGGGAUGGAAAAUGGAUUAAUUCCCGACAAGGACCUCACCGCCAGUUCUUCAUUCAACGACGGCAACGUGGGACCACAGAAUGGACGGUUAAACCAGGAGAUAAGAGGCGGCGCGUGGUGUCCGAAGUCCCAGAUAACGACGGAGUCCACAGAGUGGCUGGAAGUGAACCUGCACACGGUCCACGUGAUAACCGGCGCCGGGACCCAGGGCCGGUUCGGGAACGGCCAGGGCCAGGAGUACGCUGAGGCAUACGUCCUGGAGUACUGGCGCCCCAAGCUCGGAAAAUGGGUGCGCUACAGGGCCGCCGACGGCCAAGAGAUUCUUUCGGGAAACACCAAUACCUAUCUCGAGAAGAAAAUCCAUUUGGAGCCACCAAUCUGGGCUUCGAAGAUCCGCUUCAUCCCCUACAGCUCCCAUCGGCGCACAGUUUGUAUGAGGGUGGAACUUUACGGCUGCUACUGGAGUGUGGGUAUAGUCGCGUACAACAUGCCGAAGGGGGAUAAGCGUUCGAACGGUAUCGAGUUGACAGACAUGAUAUACGACGGUCAGUGGGGAGAGGAACUGAGGGGCGGUCUGGGCCAAUUGGUCGACGGGCAAUAUGGCGGUGACGAGAUAAGGGAGGCGGCCCGCAACUCCGCUUGGGUCGGCUGGCGCAAGGAGGCUAGGCCCAACCCGCCGGUCAUCACCUUCGAGUUCGACAAAGUGCGCGAGUUCAGCACGGUGCACCUGUAUUGCAAUAAUCGCUUCAUGCGCGACGUACAGGUCUUCUCCGAGGCGAUUAUCACGUUCUCCAUCGGGGGUCGCCACUUCCAAGACGAGCCCAUCCGCUACACUUACGUGGAGGACAGCAUAUUCGAGAGCUCGCGCAACGUCAGCAUAAAGUUGCACCACCGCAUCGGAAAGUGGGUCCGCAUCGAGCUGCGGUUCGCGGCGAGCUGGAUACUCAUCAGCGAGGUGGUGUUCGACUCCGACGUGGCGCAGGGCAAUUACACGCCCGAGAGCCAGAAGCCUUCGGGCGCCAAGGACAAGGCGAAGACCAGCACCGCCAAGGAGGUGCCAAUAUCUACCGCCCACCAAGAGGACCCACUGUACAUGGCGAUUGUGGUGGGCGUGCUGACCGCUCUAGUGAUCCUGCUUGCGGUCGCGGUCUUCCUAAUAGUGCACAGACACCGGCACAGGAAGUGUUUCGCGUCGCCGAUGACCAAGUCGACCAUCUCGCAGAAGAGGUCCGUGGCCGACGCGUACAACCCGUGCGGCACCUCGAUGCUGCCCGACAACAAGAUCAUGAUCGACUGCGGCCUCGACGUGAAGUCUGACGAGUACCAGGAGCCGUACCAGGCGCUCAAGUGCGCCCCCUAUUUCAGCUACAGCACGGUGCUCCUCGAGAUGAGGGACUUCGCGAAGGACUCCAACGCGGCGUUGUCAGACAGUUCGAACUACGAUUACGCUGUGCCAGAGCUGAGCUCUGCGCCGCUGCUGAUCAAGCGCCGAUUGGCCGACAGCUUAUCUGGACGGGCCACCGAACUGCUCGGCGAGCAUGACGCUGAACAUGACUCCGAGCACGGCAUGGACGUUCGACGCUCCGCUCCCAGCUCCAUACGCUCGAAGCAUAGCACGCGGUCGCCGAGCCAACAGGAGGUGCUGAUCGACAUGAAGCGCCGCCUGGAGACCACCAACGUGAUCGAGUUCCCCCGCCACCGGCUGCGAAUGAUCUCCAAACUGGCGGAGGGCGCCUUUGGCACGGUGUACGUAGCUGAGGCCGAUGGGGUACCAGAGUAUAACGGCACGAUUAGCUCGGAGAAGCGUCUGGUUGCGGUAAAGUUUCUGUGUCACGACGCCUCGCCGAAGGAGAGGUACAUCAUGGAGGAGUUCGAGCGUGACGUGCGCGUGCUCGCCGCGCUCUCGUCGCCGCAUUUGGCGCGCGUCCUAGGCGCCUGCCGCACCCCGCCCCUGGCGGUGGUGCUCGAGUACCUCGAGCUGGGCGACCUGUGCGCCUUCCUGAGGAACGCCCCGCCCCCGAGCGCCGCCACGCUGCUGCAUAUAGCGACGCAGAUAGCGGCCGGCAUGCAGUACCUGGAGUCACUGAACUUCGUGCACAGGGACCUCGCCGCCAGGAACUGCUUGAUCGGCAAGGGCUACCAGAUAAAGAUCAGCGACUUCGGUACCGACAACGAGGCGUACGCGUGCGACUACCACAAGGUGGAGGGGCGGGUGCCGCUGCCGCUGCGCUGGGCCGCCUGGGAGUCGUUACUGCGCGGCCACUACACCACCAAGAGCGACGUGUGGGCCUUCGCCGUGACGCUGCACGAGAUCUUCACGCUGUGCAGGCGGCGGCCCUACGAGCACCUCACCGAUAGCGAGGUCAUCGAGAAUCUGUCGCACCUGCAAGCGGACGACGGACUGUUCGAGUGCAUCGAGCGUUCGCCGGGGCUCCCGCGCGACCUCUACGAGCUGAUGUGCGAGUGCUGGCGGCGCGACGAGCUCGAGCGGCCCGCCUUCGCCGAGAUCCACCUGUUCCUGCAGCGGAAGGGCUACGCGGCCACG